UUUUUGUUGGUAUCCAGCUACUACACAUUGUAUGUACGAUCUUUUAGAUCUCGGCGAAGGAACCGAGCAAGCAUGGCAUCGAACUCGGAAACAAACAGCGAAGACACUUCGCAAUCCGGCGAAGCGGAAGAAGUUAUGGAAGUUGUGGACCCAGAUAACAGCGACAUCGAAGAAUCAGAUGGGGAGGGUGGCGAUAAGAGGGUUUAUCUACCCGGAGAUCCGCUCGACGAAGGAGAGAUGUUAGUCCGUGAUGAAACCGCAUACCACAUGUAUCAUCAAGCGCAGACAGGUGCACCAUGCCUCAGUUUUGAUGUUCUUAGAGACAGUCUCGGGGAGAACCGUACAACUUAUCCCCACACACUUUUUGCCGUUGCUGGCACCCAGGCUGAGAAAGCCCAUCUGAACAAUGUCAUUGUCAUGAAGAUGACAAAUCUGCAUCGUACCAGCCAAAAAGACGAUGAUGAUGACAGUGAUGAGGACAGUGACAGCGAUGACGAGGAUAGCAAACCAGAACUGGAGACAGCGAUGAUGAAACAUCUCGGCUCUGUUAACAGAAUAAGGAGCACAGAAAUUGGGCAGAAGCAAGUGGCAGCCACUUGGUCAGACACUGGCGCGGUCCACCUGUGGGACUUAAGCGGCGCCCUCCAGGCUGUAGGUAACGCCCAGCUCAUGGGACGAUUCAUGAGACAGGAAUCCCACAAGCCUUUGUUCACGUUCACAGGUCACCAGAUUGAAGGAUUUGCCAUGGACUGGUGUCCUACUACACCAGGAAAUCUGAUUACUGGAGAUUGUCGGAGAAAUAUCCAUUUGUGGAAGUUACAAGAAGGAGGGGAGUGGUAUGUAGACCAGCGACCCUAUGCAGCUCACACGGAGUCAGUGGAGGAUUUACAAUGGUCACCAACUGAGAAAAAUGUUUUUGCAUCGUGUUCUGUCGACAAAAGCAUCAGAAUUUGGGAUGUUCGGGCGACGCCAAGCAAAGCAUGCAUGAUAAUGAUGGAAGAAGCACACAGCAGCGACGUAAACGUCAUCCACUGGAACCAGAAAGAUCCUUUCAUCCUGUCUGGAGGUGAUGAUGGUGUCUUGAAUGUCUGGGACUUGAGACAAUUCCAGAAAAAGGGUCCCCCUGUCGCCAAGUUCAAGCACCACACUGGGCCCAUCACGUCAGUGGAGUGGAACCCCGUGGACAGCACAGUCUUCGCAUCAGCAGGCUCUGAUGACCAGGUAACCCUCUGGGACCUAUCGCUGGAACGAGAACGUGAGACAGUGAUGGAAGGCCAGACUGGGGGGUCCAGGCUUGAUGACAUAGCCCCACAGUUGCUGUUUGUGCACCAGGGGCAGAGCGACAUCAAAGAAAUUCAUUGGCACCCACAGAUCUCUGGUGUCAUUAUCAGCACGGCUCACAGCGGGUUCAAUAUAUUCAAGACUAUCAGUGUUUAACCCGUUACUCCCUGUCCUGCCCAAAACCGCCCUGCCUGUCACUCCGUGCCCCGCCCUAAAACCGCCCUGCCUGUUAUUACCAGUCCCACCACAAACUGCCGUGCUUGUUAAACCGCCCUGCCUGUCACUCCCUGCCCCACCCCAAACCUCCCAGUACUUAUGAAUUUAUGGAUUCAUCAGGAGAUAAACACAAUGCAAUGCAAUACGGUGCAGGUGCAAAGGGUGAAUGCUCGGGGUGAGUGAGGAAAACAGACCCCAGCGGCUGUUACUAUGCAUGGGGGGUUGAUACUCCUUGAAAUACAAAGAAUAAGACAUCUGUUUCUGCUCAGUGGAGGAUUUUAAAGGAUUCAGGAGCGUUCCUUUCCAAAAGAUGCCUUACGGUUAAAGACAUUAGGAUUUAUACAAUUUAACACAGAUGAAAAAACUUUGAUACGCUGGAGACUUGAGAUUAGCCCUUUCAUGGUGGAUCUUCAUUAAACUAAUUUAUUGUGAGGGGUUUGUUUUUAAAAGAAAAUUUGAACAUUUGGGGGAAUUUAUAGGAACAAUUUUAAAAGAUGUCUUGAAAUGGUUUCUAUUUCAUAACUUAUAACAGUUCUAUGCUAAAAAAGGAAAGAAAAAUCUUGAAAGUCCUUUUUGGAUUUGACAAAAGAGUGAACAUUCAAAAGAAAUUUCAAAAUAUUUAAUUUUAAAUUUGUGAUAAACACACAAGUUUUAACAACUUGAAUUAUAUAUUCAACACGUGUUUUGGAAAACUACUUUUUUGAUGAGUUAUGACACCCAUAUAAAGAAACCAACAGUACAGAGGUUUCUUUGCUGGAAAUUGUUUUAUUUAUUGUAAAAAAAAUUUUUUAAAUAUACACAUUACCAAUGGCAAUUGAAUAAUGCACAAUAAAUACUUUCCAAAUUGUUCAU